ACGCGGUCCGUGGGCUGAAGCACGGUCGAAGCAGGAGCUGAACCGAGGUCUACGAUAAUAAUAGCGACAUAUAUGGCAGAGAGUGAUUUUCGAAGUUGAUCGAUAUAUUUGUGCGAGGUAAACGUUCCGUUGUUGUCUAUCAGAGAAUAGCGUCGCGAAAUGUCGGAGUGAUAACCAGUUUGCGCUCUGACAGGGCGACGUGCACGAGAUCUUGGUCGCCUUCUUCCUCCGGCUUCCUCGGGUUUUCUUUAUAUAACCUAUGCUUCUGUUGAAAUCCAGGGUGAUACUUAUCAUUCCUCGUCUCAUGGUAUUUAUAACUACGCUUGAUGUGCACAACUCUACAGGUCUCACGACGUGCUUCGGCUUACCCAAGAUGCUGGGAAAUUAGUCGCCUCGGCUUGGCUAGCAAGCUUUGGGAUUCGUCCUACGAGUUGUAAACACCAAUCAUCCUCAUGGCUCUACGUAGAGGGAACAGGAACCUCAAGCUGCGGGUCUCCGAUGAAACCGUAACCUCUGUGACCCCACCAAGAAAUCUCGACAAAAGAACCACAAUUACCAUUGACGACAAAACAUUCGUUGUCGAGGCAGAUGAUCUAGAGGCGUUGUGCGUUCUCGGACGAGGAGCUUAUGGAGUUGUAGAUAAGAUGCGGCAUAAGCAAAGCGGCACGAUAAUGGCAGUUAAGAGAAUAACGGCGACAGUUAAUACACAGGAACAGAAACGUUUGCUUAUGGAUUUGGACAUUUCGAUGCGAAGCUCGGCUUGUCCAUACACCGUACAAUUUUAUGGCGCUCUGUUUAGGGAAGGAGACGUCUGGAUCUGUAUGGAAGUCAUGGACACGAGCCUCGAUAAGUUUUAUACUAAGGUCUAUAGGCACGGUAGAUCCAUCCCGGAAGAUAUACUGGGGAAAAUAGCCUUUGCUGUAGUGAGUGCGCUGCAUUACCUCUACUCACAGUUGAGGGUGAUACACAGAGACGUCAAGCCAAGUAAUAUCUUGAUCAACCGGAAGGGAGAGGUGAAGAUCUGCGACUUCGGGAUAUCUGGCUACUUGGUAGACUCUGUCGCAAAAACAAUCGAUGCUGGUUGCAAGCCGUACAUGGCUCCAGAGAGGAUAGAUCCAUCAGGAAACCCCUCGCAGUAUGAUAUCAGAUCGGACGUUUGGUCGUUAGGCAUUUCCCUUGUCGAACUGGCUACGGGGAAAUUCCCUUACGAGUCAUGGGGCACUCCUUUUGAGCAGCUUAAACAAGUUGUCAAAGACGAAGCCCCAAAGUUACCACCAGGCCAGUUUUCCUCGAGCUUCGAGGAGUUCAUCGGCAAAUGCCUGAUGAAGGAUUAUUCGGCUCGACCGAAUUACAAUCAAUUGUUGGAGAUGGUUUUCAUCACAGAGCAUGCAACGAAGGACACCAAUGUGGCCUCCUUCGUAGAGAACGUAUUAGACUUGCCAGAAAUUGAGCAACCUGCCUAGCAAAUAAGGAAGCCCCAAGUUUGCUUCGCUUCGACAAUGGGAACUUCAAGGUUCCCUUGGACUCGGAGCAGCCACUUGUCGGAGCUCAGAUCAACUGCCAAUCAAGCUAGAAGACUUAGUGUCGCGCAAGUCGGAGUUAAAGUGACUGAACUGCUCGCAGACUCGAUCAGAGCAUUAGGCUGGGGUGUCUUGGCAGUCUCCGUUCCAAAAUUUACCACAUACUCGGAGAUGUAACGAAGGCAAUACAAUUUAACUGUGUAGUAGUUUUGUACAAACCCAGUGUCACCUGUAUUAUUUCUUGCACUCUCUUUCUCUGUCUAUUUUUACCUAUACCUUUCUCUUUUUAUACACUAUCGUAAUUCUAUGUUUCUGUAUGGAGCAAUUUAUCCAGUAAACAUGCGAUUUGAAUCGUUGGAAACACUAAAAAUUGUACACGAGUGUCUGUUAUUGUGUAAAUUAAAGUUCAAAUUCCGACUCGGAACUGGGAGUAGUUGA